AUCAUAUGCCAAUAACAUGGGACCAGGGAGAUUUCUCAUCUUCAUGCUUGCUGCAGGGGCUGUCCACUGUGAAAAGGCAUCUCUGGAGAUUAUUCCCAUCAAUGGGGAUGUGCAGAAGGGGGAACCGGCAUUUUUCAUUUGCAAAGUGAAACGAGGUGGGGAAACCGAGUUAACCUGGUAUGACCCAUCCGGGGAAGAAAUCUUAGAGGACUCAGAAGAACCAUACAAGAGGAAGGAGAUUGAUGAACUAUCUGUGGGGCUGAAUAUGACACUUUCUGACCCAGAGAAGGGUGGGACCUUCCAGUGCAAGGGGGAUUUUGACUCUGGCCUUGCUACUGCCCAGAUCCAAAUCCGUGUGAUCCAGAGACCCACAUUUGUGACCAAGAUGGCCUCUGAGAAGGAAAUAACAGAGAAGGGAAAAGUAGACUUCAGCUGUUCAGCCACAGGAAUCCCACAACCAACCAUUAAAUGGAUCUUUCAAAACCAGGACAUCAGUCCUUCUGAACGUAUCUCUGUUGAAAGAGGCAGCCUGGAGAUAAAAAACAUUCAACCCUCAGAUGCUGGAAACUACAGCUGCAAAGCUAGCAUCGAAGAGCGGAAAGAAGUGGCUUUCACACAUGUCACACUCAAGGUGAAAUUCGCUCCCAGGAUAGAGCUCCCCACAGGUGACCCGCUUGUCAUUCCAGCUGGGAAUUCCAUCAAAUAUAACUUCACUGUCCUGGCCAACCCCUCCCCUUCUGUCACUCUCUCUUGGAAGGAGAAGGUUUUCAAGGAUGAGGACAUCAAGCUGGUGGCAAAGGACCAAUCUAUCUAUAUAUUUGCUGUUGAGUUCCCUUCACCAUCAGAAGCCAGUAUUUCAGAAGCUGUAAUCACAGCAGUGAAUGAGCUGGGCCAAAAGGAGAGGAAACUCACUAUUAAAGAAGAGAUCCCAAGGAAAGGACUGGGAAUAGGUACCAUCUUGGCCAUUGUGUUGGUGGUCCUUCUGUUGGUCUUGCUGGUGAUCGAUGUGUGCUGCUACUACAAGCGCCAGCGAGGCUUGCUGAUGUGCCUGCGAUCACACAUACAGGGCAAAACGUUGUCUGGGACAAGUACAGAAAACAACAGGAAAGGCACUGUGGUGAACGUCUCCGGCAUUGAAGCCUGAUGAGUCGAUGCUGAUUGGCUUUGAGAUUGGGUGGCUCAAGAGUGCUUGGAUGGAGCCCAAACCCAGGCUGUUCCAGGACCCAGAGCCUCCCCACUCCAAAAAAGACUACUUCCUUCUUUCCAGGCACAUCAUAGCUCUCUCCAUCCUCUUUAUCACUGCUAGGCCUCUGAUCACUGCUAGGCCUCACUCCACUAGAAACAGUAACAGAUAGGGGCCAUGGCGUCCUGCUUGCCAUAAUCUCUUACAGGUAUUUGAUGAUCAUCUUCUUCCUUGGACAGGACCAGAAUCCUUAUUGUCCCUCCACUCCAGUACUGGUUCCAUUUGGAAUGGUGGUGAAUAUGUGCACGGCUGCAUCUCUAGAUGUUGCUUAGCUACAGCCAAUGAGAUUCUAUGAUUCAACUGACAUGGCAAUAAGGAUGCUCUCACCCACUUCCCUGAUUGUCAUUAAACCCCACUCUGUCCCUGUCCUCCCACGAAGCUGGUAUUUGUAGGAAUGAGCUUCAAGAAUCGGAUUGCAACCACCCAUUCCAUCAUAAUGGGGCAAAAUGGAGUUGGAUGACUCAUAAAGCUAGAAAGAUGAAGUUGGUGUUGGAAAUGAUUCAAUAAU